GAGCGAGACCCACAUGGAACUCAGAGCGUUUGCCAUGGACUCGGAAUUCAAGUGCAGACUUCGAUGGAGAAGAAGCGCGUGAGAUUGCGAGAAGUGCAGCCUUUAGAUGAUGACGGUGAUGACGAAGGCACUUUGGCCCCCAGCAGGACUCCACCCCAGCGUCCCCCAAGUGGGGUGAAGGGCGCCGUGCCGCCCCCCCCGGGCUUUGGCCCUCCGGCGCCGCCGCCGCGGCUGCCCGCGCGGGCGCCGAAGGCGGCCUUUGAGGAGGCCGGGCCACCGCCCAGCCAGGCGCCGCGGAAGGGGCCGCGGUCCCGUGCCAAGGGCCGACGCCAGAGGGCCAAGCCCUUGUUGGCCAAGACCAAAGCCGCUGGGCUGGAGAGCGACGACAGCUCGGAGGAGGAGAAGCCGAAAGCGGCGCCGGCGCAGGCACCGGCGGCACCGCAGGAGGACUCGGGAGGAUUCCUCUCAACGCUGUGGAAAGGCGCUACAGCCGCAAUGGGCGUGGUGAGUGACAUUGUCACGGCCAUCAAUGCGGAGAGCGACUCCGAGGAGGACAAGCCUGCUGAAUCGGCAGCUGGAGGUGCAGAGCAGCCCAAAGACAAGGCUGCAGCAUCUACCUCGCUGCCCCCUAAGAAGGAGUCUUCGGCCAAGACGAAGGCUGAGGAGGAGGAGCAAUAUGUCGAGUACGUCUCACAGUUCUGCGUCUACCUGGGGAUCGACGUGGCUGGAGAGCCUGACCUCAUCACUGAGGUGGACGAUUACCUCAAGAAGCCACUACCAUUCGGGUGGACCACACAUCAGACUGGGGAAGACUGCGAGUACGGCGCGGGCUACACGUACUUCAUGCAGUCUUCCACCGGACGCACUCAGUGGACCCGACCUGAUGAAGAUGAGUUCCUACAGCGGCUGCGGGGCAUCAUGAAGCGCCCGCCCGCCGCUGGGAGCCGGCUUUUCUUUGCCGCGUUGCGGGACCGGAACAGGAAAGAGCGUUGGGCCGCUUUGGAAGAUCAGAUUGAUCACCUCACGGGGGCCCGACCUCUGCUGCGGGCCUUGCCAGAGGGCUCGGCAGAGCCGACCACUGCCGCGUCGCUGGAAUCCUGUAUUUUUCACGUGGUGCUGCACAAGCGCUUUCCGGUGCUUCAUCCUGCAGUGACAGAGGCCUUUGCCUCGUACUUCGGCUUGGGUGCCUUGACACAGUACUCGGCCGCGGAGCUGCGGCACUUCUGGAUUGCCAAGCUUGCCGCCCUUUGCCCAGUGCCAAACGGCUGGGAAUUCAAGUUCGACGAGACCUCAAUGUCGGCUGUGUUUGUUGACCAAGAAGCCGGAACGGCGUCGCGGCACCACCCCAUGGACGCCUUCUUCGCAGGUCUCUUGGAGCGGCUGCUCUCGCGGCAUCGGAGCAUCGAGGCGGCGGAGAGCCGCGCCGGGCAAGCGGGGCUCAGCGGCCAGAUUGUCUUCUUUCUGGACUCGCGGAACGGGUCCCCCUACUGGCUUCAGUACGGGCAGGGAGUACCGUGGACAGGCACUCUCCCAUGGAGGGAGAGGCUUCUGCAGGCCGCAGCCCGACCAGCGCCAGCUGGGCCAAGUCAAGGCGCUCCGCCCGAAGCCCCUUCGCACGAGGGGCUCAGGGACGCUGCCCGAGCCACGCCGGCGGUUUCUCUCCGGCAGACGGCCAGCCAGGAGGCCGCUCGGCCCAAGUUGCCGGCGCCGCCGCCGCGGGGCGGGCUCACGCCAGUGGCGCCGCCCACUCCCAAGGAGCCAGCCACGCCCAAGCAGCCAGCCACGCCCAAGGCGCCAGAGCCAGGCACCCCCAAGAUGGACACUGGCCGCGAGCGAACAACACCGCGAGAGGCCGUCUCCGGCAGCGAGGGAGAAGGCCCCGGCCAAGCCGCGGCGCCUGAGCCGGGUGGAGAGGGCCCUGAGGCCCCUGCGCAGGCAUCGGAGAUGGUGGAGGCGGCAGAUGUGCAGUCCACAGAUCCCCUGGCUGUGGCGAGCGCAAACCAGGCAUCGGAGAUGGUGGAGGCGGCAGAUUUGCAGUCCACAGAUCCCCUGGCUGUGGCAAGUGCAAACCAGGCAUUGGAGAUGGCGGAGCCCGCAGAUUUGCAGUCCACAGAUCCCUCGGAGCCAGCGGUAGCUGAACCGGCAUUGGUUGAACCAGCCGUGUCUGAUCCAAGCGACGCAGGGAUCGUUUCCGCGCCUGAUCCACCAGCGCCUUCUGAAAUGCCCUUGGAGGCGCCUGAGCCGGCGCCGGCCGCGCCAGCGGCUCCCGACCCGCCGGCUCCCGUGGAAGCUGCCGCUGCCGACGCGGCCGAAGCUGCCGGCGUCGCAGCGCCGGCGCCGGCGCCAGCGCCGCCCUCGGCGCGUCCGGAUGCGGCGCUGCCGGCGCCAGAGCUGCCGGUGCUGCCGAGCAAAGACGAGGAGAGUGGCAGAGAAGGUCCUGGCGCCUCACUGGACGCAGCGGGGCGGCAAGUGGCAGGCGCGGGGCUCCCGGCUCUCCAGCGACGAGGGGGAGAUGGACGAGGACGACGAGGCGCUGAAGAAGCGCCUGGAGAAGGCCCAGCGCGCCGCGGACCGGCGCGCCAAGUCCGGGAAGCUCCGGGACCGCGUGGCGCGGUUCCAGUCCGACGAGGAGCGCUCCGCCUCCGGGGAGCAAAGCCCGGCGGUGGCCUCGGGGAGGCAGAGCCCCAGGAGCGUGCGGCUCUUCGCUCUGGCGGAGCGGCUCCACACGUUGGGCGCGGAAGCGCCCGCGACAGAGCUUUUGGAGAUCCUGGAGGAGUUGGAGUGCAUCCCCGCCACGGUGGGCUUGCUGAGGCAAACCCAGCUGGGCAUUCUGACUCAGCCCUUCAAGGAGACCAUAGUGACAAGACUCUCCGCGCCGUAGCCAAACGCCUCAGGAGAGGAUGGAAGGACCUCAUUGCCACAGCGAAUGAGGCGGCUCCCGAGCAGGAGGCGCCGGCCCAGAGCUCCGCCCUGGCGCCGGAAGCCAUGCACGGCAUGGUGCCGCCGGUGAAGGAGGAGGACCUCGAGGGUGCGGAGGAGCUGCUGAGGGAGCUCAAGGACUUGUCCACUUCGUUGGAUGACCUCCCCAAGGCAACCGCAGAUGCAGAUGAUGUCUUCGGGCCCACCCCACGGGAGGCACCGCAGCAUGUCGGAGCACCGCAGCCGCGGGCGCCGCGGGCGUACAAGCCGGCGCCCUCCGCGGUGGGCGACGCGGAUGAGGUGUUCGCCGGCGUGGAGGAGCACGCAGCUUCAUCGACGGGAGGUUAUUCCUCCAAAUCCAGGACACUGCCGCCAAGUCUUCCGAAAGCUCCGGUCCCUGUGGCCGCACCUGCGCCUGCGCCUGAGCCUGCACCCGCACCCGAGCCUUUGCAGGUCUCUGAGCCUUUGCCUGCUCCGGCACAGCCUGCUUCAACCCCAGCGCCUGAGCCUGCAGCGCCUGAGCCUGCAGCGCCUGAGCCUGCAGCGCCUGAGCCUGCAGCGCCUGAGCCUGCAGCGCGUGAGCCUGCAGCGCGUGAGCCUGCAGCGCCUGCGCCUGCAGCGCCUGAGCCUGCAGCGCCUGAGCCUGCAGCGCCUGAGCCUGCAGUGCGUGAGCCUGCAGCGCGUGAGCCUGCAGCGAGUGAGCCUGCACCCGCCCCAGCACGUGAGCCUGCGCCUGCCCCAGUGCCAGAGCCCGCGCUCGCCCAGGUGCCUGCCCCGCACCCUUUCCCAGCGACCACGGCACCUGAGCCUUUGGAUGGCCCAGCGCCAUUGCCUGCGGACGAAGUGCGCACGGCCCCCAGAUUGGGCCAAGAGGCAGCUCCUUCUGCGCCAGCUGAUGUGUCUCCAAAGCGUAUGGCCCCGCUGCCCCCAGCACCGAAACGACCCGCAGCACCUCCAAGCCUGCCGACGCAAUUGCCUCCACCCCCGUCAAAGGUGCCAGCGCCAGUGCCAGCACCAGCGCCAGCGCCAGCGCCAGCGCCAACGCCAGCGCCAGCGCCGGCGCCGGCGUCAGCGCCAGCGCCAGAGCCGCGCACGGCUCCAAAGGCCAAGGCGCAAAUGGCCAAAGUGGAUCUGACCGAGUCCUCAGAAGAAGAGGCUGUGGGAGCGGCGCACUUUCCUCAGAAAGUGCACGCAGCCCCAUCGGCAGCCUCAGGCGGCUAUCCGAAGCUGGAGCCGCCUGCGGCGCCCCAGAUCAACGCAGGUUUGCCGCAAGCCUCGCGCCGGCAGCGAGCUGAGCUGGUGUCCAACUUGCAGUGGCUGUGCCGACUGUUCCUGGAGACCCGGGAGCAGCUCUUCGCCUUGCACGAGGGCACGGAGACGGAGGCCAACUGCGAUGGACUUCGCGAGGAACUGGAUGCCGUGCGCUUUCGACGCCUGCUGGAGGAGACGCUCACGCAGCAGAACACGCCGAAGCCGCUGAUCCGCUUCUUCAGGAGCUUUGGGCGCCGGGUCCUCUACGCCCGAAGACAGAGCCCUUACAGCCGCCGCGCGUACAUGCUCUUUCAGCAGGCCUGUGUGGGCAGCGGCCGCGCCUUUGUGCUACACGCGGUGCCCAGGUUGCUCCAACUCAUGGAUCGCCUCAUGGAUGAAGGUCGCAAGGGCAUCGCGGACGACAAAGAAGAUGGUGGGGAUGACCCGUGGCUGGACUCGGAGGAGCGGGGCCUUCCGGAUUGGGACAAAUUGGAGGGGAUCCUCACCGAGCCCAAUCUGGAGUCACUGCAGGAAGAGGCCGACGCCUUUCUGGCGGAGGCCUCGAAGCCGGCGUCCAGGCCGACGCCCCUGUGUCUGUCCAAGGCCGAGCGGGACGCGGAUCGAGCUGCGCCGGACAGCGGCAGCUUUGCGCCCAGGGGGCGGCGUCCGAAGCCAGGACCGGAUGCUGGAGACCCUGCGAAAGCAUUCGGUGGAAGGCGCUUGCCGGCACAGAGCCCGUUCUACUCCUGCGACCCCUCGCUGCUGUUGAAGGUCGCAAAGGCGCAGCUGCCCAACCUGGACUCUCUGGUCUCCACACUGGUGCCUGGCUCGGAGAUUACUACUGAGGGUUUGCUGUUUCAGAUGGCCGACGAGGAGCUCGUGGUCAUGGCCUACGCCAUGGAGCAGAUCGCUGAGGCAGCCAGCAAGCGCCUCAUCAAGGAGCUCGAAGUCAGAGACGAGCUGCGGUCAACGUGCAUGCACCGGCGGGAGUACUUGCAGCUCCUUGAGGGGGCUCUUAGCCACAGCUGAGUGCAAGGUGACGCAUUGCGCCGGGUGAUUUCGGCCGCGGUGGUUUGGGAAU